CUCAUAUUUUAGCGUUCAAGGUCGUUGGAACAAAACCGCGAGGGUUUUUAGUGAACUUGACAAUACUGACAUACUGAUAUAACGUACUUAGUAUGCGUAUCCUACAAAAAUAUUUUACCCAAAGAAGUCAUAUUAACUUAUCUACUUCCUUCAAAUAGAUCUCAAAAUUGUCUCAACUUGUGAAUCGAAUAAAUAACAUCAUAUCAUUGAAGAUUGGUCCCACAUCAUUCAUCAUCACGAUGGCAUCGCCUUCGUUACUUGGAGGAUGGACUUUAUCACACAUGGUGCGCCUGAACUCAAUCCAAAUCUAGAAAUGUCUUGAUCUGACCGCUUCUGAAUUGUCGAUGUGACGCAUCAAUCAUCUUGCGACAGUUUGACCUUCAAGUGCUCGCAACCUUCGUCAGCGAACGAUAUCCCUGAAGCGUUGCCUAGGAGCGUUGCCCCAUUUUACUGUCCUCCAACUAUGUCGAAACUAUUCGAUUUUCGUAGUUUAGUAUCGGAACUGCGAGCCGCUGAAGGUCGUUAGUCGGGUCUUCGUCCACUGGCUUCGAGGGAAGUACAGGUGAAUGCAUCACACAACAUACCUUGCUAGAAGUCAAUUCCGGAAUACGAGACUUCUCUUUCAUGUCUAUACCCAAAAGAAGUUAGUGGAACAAUGUUUUAACAUAACGUAUCUUGGUGCCUUUUCAAAUACUGUUAAUAAAGAAACUCAUAUGCUAUUUAAUACAUGUUCCUUUUCCGAGAGAUCAUCGUGGUCAAAACAUUGUCCACAGUUCGAUAAUAUCCAAUUGAAAUGUCUACCGAUCGACAAUGGAUCCAAUAGUAUACGAUCUGUACCAAAUGCUUGUUUCACACGUGUCAGUCCAACCAGAAUAGACAAUCCCCGCGUAGUUUUAUUUUCUCUUGAUGCACUUAGUUUGCUAAAUAUUCGUCAUGAAGUUAACCAUCUUGAUGAACAAAACUGUAUAGAGAAAACAGGAGAAACAAAUCAUCUAGUUGAGUACUUGUCAGGAAACAAAUUAUGGCCUGGUAGUGAUCCCACAGCUCAUUGUUAUUGCGGGUAUCAAUUUGGUAGUUUUGCCGGUCAACUUGGAGAUGGUGCAGCAAUUUCACUUGGUGAAGUGAUCAAUAAACAAGGUGAACGUUGGGAAUUACAAUUGAAAGGCUCAGGUUUAACUCCAUUUUCUCGGCAAGGUGAUGGAAGAAAAGUAUUACGUUCCAGUUUACGAGAGUUUCUAUGCUCUGAGGCAAUGUAUUAUUUAGGCAUUCCAACUACUCGAGCUGCAUCAAUUAUCACAUCUGACACUCUGGUUGAACGUGACAUGUUUUAUACAGGUGAUAAUAUCACUGAAAAAGCCAGUAUAACUAGCAGAGUAGCUAAGACAUUCAUCAGGUUUGGAUCUUUUGAAAUAUCUAAGUCCCCAGAUCCAAUUACUGGACGUUUCGGACCAAGCGUUGGUAAUUUGACAAUUGUAUCACAACUUACUAAUUAUGUAAUACAGCAAUUUUAUCCUCAUAUUUGGUCAGAAUAUUCAAAUGAUAUUAUUAAUUGUUAUGUGGAAUUCUUUAAAGAAGUAGUGAAACGUACAGCUAACCUAGUCGCUCUUUGGCAAACUGUUGGAUUUUGUCAUGGUGUAUUAAAUACAGAUAAUAUGAGUAUUAUUGGCUUAACAAUUGAUUAUGGACCAUUUGGUUUUAUUGAUCAGUUCACUUGGGAUCAUAUAUCGAAUACAUCGGAUCCAAAUGGACGUUAUUCAUAUGCUCAACAACCAAGUGUUUGUGCAUGGAAUUUAGCCCGUCUAGCUGAAUGUUUAAUUCAAGCAUUAAUUGAUCAACAGAAAUGUUCAUCUGAUAAAGCAACGAAUAAAGAAUGCAUAUCUGUUGAUAAUCUUACAAAAAAAUUCACUAAUGUUUUGGAUACUACAUAUAUGUCUUGUUUUAAAAGUGUCUAUUUGGAAAGAAUGCGUAAAAAGUUAGGUUUACUUUAUGCCAAGGAUGAAAUAGAUACAGAACUUAUUCAAAAUUUAUUUAAUACAAUGGAAAUGACUGGUGCUGAUUUCACAAAUACAUUUUUAGCUUUAGAAGAUACUUUGUCACAAGUUGUAUAUCAAAAUAAUGCAGAUUUAUUAAAACCUGAUCUGAUUGUUCAAGAAUGUUGUAGUUUAAGUCAAUUACAAGAAACAUUUGAACCGAUUAAUAUGGAAUUACAUCGUCAACUAUCUGCAAAAUUUACCGGCAUUCGUGAAAAUAUCAUAGAUCAACUAGAAGAAACGAAAAUUUUGAAAAGUAAAGAGAAAGAAAAACUAUACAAAGAACUAGAGCAUAUCACAGAACAAGAAUACCAAGAGAGAAAUAAACGUCUAUGGUCUAUUUGGUUACAAGCAUACAAAGUACGUUUAGAAAUUGAUUUCGAAGGGAAUCAUGAUAAUACAAAAACACAGUUCUCUGAACGUUUAAAUUUAAUGCAGUCUGUAAAUCCUCGAGUAGUUCUACGCAAUUAUCUUGCCGAAGAAGCUAUUAAAUCAGCUGAUAAAGGAGAUUAUACAGUUGCACAACAAUUAUUCAACUCAUUGACCACACCUUUUAAAAAUCCUGAUAUGUCUUUGAAUAACGAGUCUUUUCAUCUUGUAUCCCGGGUUAAAUACCGUCCUCCUGAUUGGUCUCGUAAACUACGUGUUUCUUGUUCAUCUUAACAGAUAAUAACAUGUAAGCUUUGAAAAUAAAUAUCCAUCCAUAGUGUAUUUUAAUAUCUUGCUUCAAUAUACGAUACUCCCAGAUGUUCAACAAUUUGGUUUUAAAUUUCAUUAACAACUACAUCAAAAACACUAAAUAUUAUACCUUUGUUUUAUACUAUCACUCAUUUGUGUCAAGUUACUGUGUUGUUUAGGAGCUGUAUUUUGUUAGUUGGCUUCCGAUUCUGUUGUGCUUCCAAAAAGAAAAGAAUAUGUUCUUGAUUUGUGUUGGGGUUUGUGUGAUCAUGCCGUUACUACAAAAUUAGUUGUACUAUCUAGUUUGUUAGUUGAUUAGUUUGUCCAUAUUUGUUUUAAGACCAGUGACCUUCUUCAUCAAAUUGCAUAACAACUAAUAAACAAUAAUCAGUAACUUAACACCUAGUGUCCUAAUGGGAAAGUGAGGAGAAAAGGUAAAUUCAUUCUCUCUUCACACUCAAAAAGUAUACUAUAGUAUACCUCGAAAACUCGAUUUCACAGCAUUACAAAUAGAAAAUUACCACUUAUACACAACCCAGUCAUAAGUGAUACAAAAAUAGAGUAAUGAAGACAUAAUUGAUUAGUUGUGUCUAAUACCAUAGGGUAUAUAGUACGAGUUUGUAGAUUAGGCAAAAGCUAACGAUUAGUAGAAUAUAAGAAUCCCAUAGUCCAAACUUCUAUUAACUAUACAAUAAAAGUAUAAGCAACUGUUUCUCGUUUAAUAGUUUUCGAAUCCAAUCUUCCUGAAAUCCUCUUCUAAAUAACACGUUCAUAUUAAGGUCAGUAGUUACAGGAAGCUACACAUAUCAACAGAUACAAAGCACACUCUUACACUUUAUUACAUAGGACUUCGAUAGUCCACUUUUUUCUUAAAACUAAACACUUGAAAUACGUGAUUGUUUUGAUUCUUGUCCACUACAUAUUUUUC